CAGAGAGUUGAACUACGUCGUGCAAACAAUGCCACUUCCCCAACUGGUAUAUAUCGUUGUGAGAUUCCAACCAAUGCUGUCCAUGAUGAUACAGACAUCUCAGUGAGAGCCACAGUCUAUGUGGGACUGUACACUAGUGCAGGAGGGAGCAUCUCAAUAUCAGGAGGAGUGACAUUUGACCCUAGCCAGCUGACCCUCACCUGUAUCUCCACUGGUGGACCUGCUACCACUGUCACUUGGACCAGAGACUCCACCACUGUCACCCAAGGAACUGAGACUGUGUUGAAUGACCCAGUGACUGCACAGUACACCCACACUCUGACUGUGACUGCUUUGGGAACAUACACAUGUACUGUGUCUAAUGACAAGCCAUCAUCUGCAUCAGCUAGCAUCACAUUAGAUCCUUCACCUCCCACUGGUGUGACAGCUGUCCAGAGAGGACCUACAAGUAUUGAAGUAACCUGGAACCCUCCUGUUUCUCCAUUGAAUGGUAUCACUGGCUAUGAAAUCUCCUACUCUGGGGGAUCUACAGGCAGUGUGAAUGUUGCUGGUGAAAAUACUAACAGCCACACACUGACUGGUCUUACCAAUGGAAGGACCUAUACCAUAUCAAUUGUAGCCACAUCAUCAACAGACCUAGUCAGUGAAAGUGUUGCUACUACCGCUGUUCGCUUGGUUCCAUCUGCUCUAGUUCUGCAUACAUCUCCAACAGUCACAUCCACUACCAUCACUAUCACUGGUAGUGUUCCCAGAUGGCUCAGUGGUGACUGGGCUUUGUAGUCCAGUGGCAGAGAGACACGUCAGUUGGAUGUUCCUAUAGAAUCAGCGAAGUUUUACUGUGAAUCAAGGUUUUAGUGGUUCAUACAGAAUAACUGGACUAGAGCCAGGGAAUAGGUACACCAUUACUGUGACAGUCUUCAAUGCAGCUGGCAGUGCUCCAGUCAGUAAUGCUGUAACUGCAACAACUAUGCAGACAAAUCCUACACGAGGUCCCAGCUCAGUCAGAAGUGGUACAGUCACUGCCAGUAGUAUAACUGUCCAUUGGGGAGAGGUGUCUUGUCUUGACCGUAAUGGAGAGAUAACUGGUUACAUAGCACAGGCUGUGAGAAAUGGAAUGGUAGAAGGAACUGCUAGUGUUGGUGGUGAUGCUAGACAGGCUACAAUCUCUGGAUUGUCUCCAUCAACCUGUACACUGUCCAAGUGGCAGCAGUGAAUGGUGCUGGUACUGGACCAUACAGCUCUGGU